GCGUGAAGACCAUGGCUGAUGAGAGCCCCACCGUGCCGUCUCCCGUAGGGUGACCUGGUAGCCCUCCUGCCUCUGAAUGCCGCCCAGUUCUUGUUGAAGCCAACCAGCGCCGCGCUAAAAAUGAUGCGAUAUUGGGGAGAGAUUCCCGUGUCUUCGGGACAGGCCAACCGGAGCUCCUUUGACCUGCUGCAGAGGGAGUUCCGUACGGUGGAAAUGCAGGAGCCUCCUCUACACCAGCCGUCGGCCAACAAACCCAGACCCACCACCAUGCUGGAUAUCCCCUCCGAACCCUGCAGCCUGACCAUUCACACCAUCCAGUUAAUCCAGCACAACCGCAGACUGCGCAGCUUGAUUGCCUCCGCGCAGGCUCCGAACCAGCAGCAGGCUGAAGGCAUAAAGGUGGAAGAGAGCGAGCCCCUGCCGCACCGGCCCACCUCCCCUGUGCUUCCCGAUGACUUGUUGCCGCAGGACUGCAAGAUCCCCAAGCUGCCAUUCCAGCUACGACACAGUGACCCCGAGAGCGACUUCUACAGAGGGAAAGGAGAGCCGGUCACUGAGCUGAGUUAUAACUCUUGCCGCCAGCUCAUGUACCAGUCCGUUGCCACCAUCUUAGCACAUGCUGGGUUUGAAACGGCCAACGAGAGCGUCCUGGAGACCCUCACCGACAUUGCGCAGGAGUACUGCCUAAAAUUUACCAAGAUGCUGAGGUACAACGUGGACCGAGAGGCGAGGCUUGGGCAGACCCCGUUCCCCGAUGUCAUGGAGCAGGUUUUCCACGAGAUGGGCAUCGGCAGUGUCUUAUCCCUGCAGAAGUUCUGGCAGCACCGCAUCAAGGAUUACCACACAUACAUGUUACAGGUCAGCAAGCAGCUGUCGGAGGAGUAUGACAAGAUAGUGCACCCGGAACGAGUGUCUGAAGACGCUAAACCCAUGAAGAUUAAGGAGGAACCUGUCACGGACAUCACGUUCCCCAUCAACGAGGAGCUGGAGGGGGACCUGGCGAACGGGGACCAGUCUUUGCCGGUGGGGGUCCUGGGCGCUCAGAGCGAGAGAUUUUCCUCUAAUAUGGAAGUCGAUUCUUCACCUCAGCCGUCGGGAUCUGACGUUAACACCUCGCCCCUGUGGAGCCUGGCUCAGGUGAAAAUGGAACCCCAGGAAAGCGAGGAGGCGAACGUCGUCGGGCAUAGCGUGCUUGGCAACGACGUGUUCGAGGAGCCCAUGUCGGGCAUGAGCGAUUCUGCCCUUCCGGUGAGCCCCAACGGGACAGAUGGCAGCUAUGGCUCGCAUUCUCCUGACAGUCUGAUGGGGUCGUCCCCAGUCUUCAAUCAGCACCCCAAGAAAAAGAUGAAGAAAAUGUAAAAAUGAUGGACUGGAGCCGACAGGACUCUUUUUUUUUUUGAUUAAAUGACUAUUCUGUGUUUUUGUAUGUUUUUGUUCUCGCCCCUCGAAAUACCGACGUCUCUUAUUCUCAAUGAAAUCAUACGUUGGCAAACCUCCACCCCUUAAUAUUUGCUUUCAAAAGUUGGUUUAGUUUAUAUUCUGAAAAAAAACAGAAUAUAUUUUCUACAAAACCCAUUUCCUGAAGGAAAUCAUGGAAGUGACAAUUUGUGUUUUUGGAAAAAAAAAAAAUCACUAAAAAUGUUAAUAAAAUCUGAAGAUCUCACCAAGGACAUUUAAUUAACAUUGAAGAAAAAAAAUGUCAAACACAGUAAAGAUAAUUGUGGAAUGUGACCUAAUCGCUUUAUGAUGUAAAUAACACCUCUGAUUAAAGGGGCGCUCCAGCCACGGUAUGCGUAGGAUA